AUGGAUCACCUGCAGUCUUUUUCUUUGGCUCGAGCUUCCCUUUCAGAUCCCACAUCCCAGCCAAACGCACCACCGCUGGACCGGCCAUCUUUUACUUUUAUCGAUCAUGAUGAUGACUUGACUUCCAAGCGAAUCAAAGAUGUUAAUGCUCGCAAGGCCAUCCGAUCCCAUGUGAUGCGCGAUGUCCGCCGACGGGAGAGACUCGCUGGAUUAAAGCGAACUACACGACGAGAAAGUCAAAGUCGAGGCGGACUGCCAGUGAACACGAAAGCUCAAUACGACCAGUCUCAAGAAGAACAGAAAUUGAUCCUCGCUGGCAGGUGGGCAUCCGAUUCCUCCGGUCAAUCAUCUCUCUAUGAAGCAGAGCUACAUGGAGAAUUCGUUAGCAGAUAUCGCCGCAGGAGUCCCACUAAGUGGACCACAGGCUAUCCAUUUGAACCCCAUUUGAACCCUGAACCGGGAUUACUGCCUACUUCGUGGUUUCUCGAUCCUUUUUGCACAUUGCCAGGAACCAGUGAACUCCCUGGCAUGGUUGCACAUCUGCUAUACUAUUGUAAGCGGUUUUAUUUACAUACAUCCAGGGCUUGCUCGAUGAACUGGGGCUUGAACUUACGAAACGAAUUAAUUAGGGAAAUCGUGACCUUUCCAAAUGAGGUCAAGGGUCAAAAUACUAAAGAAGUCGAAUUAAUGGUCCGCUCUUCCUUUUCAGAUCCGGGUAGUUUCUUCGGUCUCAUGAGUAUGUGCGCUGCACAUAGAGCGGCAUUGUCGUCCAGUCAUCUCGAUUCCAUGCUCAUCGAACCCGACGACAAGCAAGCCGGCAAUGACCCCGAUUACUGUAUCAUGAAAGCCAAGUGCAUUCGAGAAAUGAAUGUGAAAGUUCGAGAUCCUACACAAGCAUUGACCAAUGAGGCAUUUGACACGAUCGUGAAUCUUUUGACUGGUUCAUUAAUUGCUGGGUUAUUCGACGAAGCUCGAAUCCACUUAACAGGUCUCAGACGCAUGGUAGAGCUUCGUGGCGGAAUUACAGGUGAAAGCAUUCAAUCUGCUUCUAUUUUAACAGCCAUAAUCACCUCCGAUGUCAAAGCUGGCUCCGGCCUGCUAGUCAAACCCGUGUUCCCACUGACUUGGGACGCACAACCCGUUCCUAAAGCGAUUCAACAACGAAUCCGACCACCCCCUUCCUCAUCUUUACAUCAACUUGGCUUGGGAUUCUUCGCAAACACCCUUCUCAUUGAAGCCGUCGCACGCGUAGCAGUAAUCUGCUUUUUGAAUAAUUUCCUGAUCGUUUCACCCCCUUCGUCUGGCCUUGGCCGGGCCCUGACAAAACACCUCGUUAAAGCUGUCGGCAAUUGCAAGAUAUCGAGUCUUCUUCAUUUGCCAAAAGAAAGUUUAAAUCUGUUUGCCUGGGCAUUGUUCAUCGGAGCUCGAGGAUCCAUUGGUCAUCGUGAGCGGAUAUGGUUUGUUGAGCGGUUAGCUCGUGUUGCUAUGAUUUGCGAAUGGCAGAGUUGGGAGCAAGUUUCGAGGAUUAUUGCUGAUUAUUUCUUCGUUCCUGGUACUCAGGAUGAUGAUUGGAGGUGUGUUUGGGAGGAAGCUAUGUCUGGCUAUGUAAUACCUGUGGAAGAAGCUUGA